UUAGGCAACUGCUGGUGAUUCGUCAGUUACUGCCCUUCGCAUGCUCGUGAAGAAGAAUUUGGAUUGAAGUUUAGAAUCUCAACUCAAAGUGCUACGAAGCAGAUGCUAAAAGUCCUCUGAUUUCGUAAAGAAAUUUCUGAGAGAGAUGCCACGUUUGAAGAAUAGUCGCAAAGCCAAGAAGAGGCAGAAAGCCAAGCCCAAGCUUGUUGUUGCAAUGGUAUCCAAAACCUCAUUGCGGAGCAAAAACAAGCGCGCUUUGGAAGCAGAGCAUGAAGCAGAGGCUCAAACCGAAAAUGAGGCAUCGGGUCGACGACCAAAAAGACAGAAGCCUGCAAAAAGAUUUGUCGAGGAGGAGACGCCAAAGAAAGAAGAUAAUCGCAAGAAAGUUGCAGGAAAGAAAACAAAACGAAAGAAGAAACCAACUAAAACAACCCAACCCAAAGCAGCAAAGAGAAAAGCAAGAAAUGUCGAAGUUUCAGCUUCUAAACGACAAAAAGUACAACAAGAAGUCGAGGAGAUGGGUGCUGAGUUUGACGAACUUGGGGAGUAUGAAGACAUGAAAGUCGAAGAAGAUGCGGAGGUGCUUGUGAUCACAGCAAAAUCGAAGCAGAGUGUAAAGCACUCUCCAGCAAGUAAAGGAAAAAAGAAAGCAAGCAGACACGCGGCGAAGGAGCAAGCAUCGCAUCUGUUGAUCGAAAAUGUCCCAGAAUCCCACCAUCAAGAAUCGGACGAUGAUGAAGAAGGGCAGGAUGAGGAUGAUGAUGAUAUUGACGAUAGCCUGUUCUUUGGAAUACCGACCGAAAAAUCGCCAGAAAUCGGUACAUGCACGCAUUGUAAAAUGAGAUUCCACCGGGAAGAGCUUGCAGAGCAUGCUGCUAGCUGCCCUGAAAGGUAUGUGCAAUGCCGAGAGUGCAGCAAAGUUCUCUCAAACUUGCAGACAUUAGAAAGACACCAUAAAAGGUUUCACUUGAAACUGCGUGAAGUACCGUGCACUCUUUGUGACAAGAUGUUCAUAGACGAAGCAGCAUCAAGAAAGCAUUUAAAAACAGUACACUUCAAAGUGAAAAAUUUCCAUUGUCCCCAUUGUGAUAAAUCAUUCUCACAGCGGAACAAGCUAACCUACCAUGUACGUACCCACUCGGGAGAGAAGCCGUUCUCCUGUCCAGAAUGUGGAAGGGCUUUUUCGCUACUGUGGAACCUCAAAACUCACUUGCGAACCCACACGGGCGAAAAGCCAUACUCCUGUGAUGUUUGUGGACGGAAAUUCACACAGAAGCAGAACAUGACGUCACAUAUGACGACACACAAGAAGCCUAAGCUCGCAAGAAGCAGUAGUUACGUUGCUUUCUCGUCGGCUGAUAACAUGGACUACUUUCAGUUAUCAGAGCUUAGACAAUCAGGAAAACCAACCAUGGUUUCUGGUGGCGAUGGGUCUACAAGGUACCAUCAAGGGAGAAUGGCUCAGGCAGGACACUACUUAAUCGAUCAGAUUGGAAAUAUCACUCCAACUACAUCAGGUGCUACUGGCAGCCACUCUGUUUCUGUGUCACAGAACAGCGACACAGAGAAUGGGCUUGGGCUGUUGUCUUCUGUUGCACGAAAAGGUGAUAAUGCCCAAGACUAUAGUGGCGGUAACGUAGAGGUUGAUGGAAUAGUGGAUGAAACUCACCUUGCUAAUCAGAUUCCCAACAACCCAGCGAUUGAUCAAGUCGUUGAAGUCCUUGUACAGCCACAGGGCGGUCAUGGAGACACAACUAUAUCACUUACAACUGCUGAUGUUGGCACCAUUGAACAUGAGGCAUACAUAAGUACUAGUAGGGUUGAUGGUACCAUUGAAACCUCUGACGUCUUUCAGGCAAGAGAAGGGGCGGUAGUUACAGCAAGUGCAUCUUCGCUUCAACAACAACAGCAAGCCAUGAAUGCCCAGAACGUUAUUCCUAUAGGCAAUGCAAAUUUGUCAGGACUUGCUAACAUUCUACAAAAUCCUGAAGUGCUUGCUGCUAUCAAUGCUGCUGCAGCAUCAAAUAAGUUUAUUGUGAUUGGCCCGGUUGGAAUGCUUUCAAAUUCGAAUGCAGCCACUACAAAUACUGUUUCUGUGUCUAGUGCCUUUUCGAAUUCAGAUUCAACAAGUGAGACAUCCGGACAACACGAAGUUAAUGUAAGCCUUUGCUCAUCGGAAGCAGUAGCCAGUGUCUCUGCAGGCCAUAUUGCAGCAGCUGGGGACGGGUCCAGUACAGCAGUGAUGCAGGUGUCUGGCGUUAGCCAAAUGGAAUCUGGAAUCAUUCCUCCAUGUGAUGUAGAGAUGAUUGCUGCUGAUACAUCUCAGGACGUGUCGGUUGGCAUUAGCAGCCUUGCUAGCGAGGAAACAGGAAAUGAAGUACAAAGCAGUGUGUCGUGUGCCCUGGGAACUGUGAUACAGAAUAGAGGUAAUGAUGUAACUGGUGCUGGUGCUGAAGGAUUGAUGGUGAACCAUGAAGAAUCCCAAGUUCAGUCAAGUCAAGAUGCUGCUUUAUAUACUGCAGUAAGCCAACAUCAAAAUCUAGAAGGGGAGGUGAGUAGCUCGGCAGGGACAAUUCAUUCAGAUGAUAAUACGGAAGCAGAUGCCAGUGUUUCAGAUAUUGACAAUGGAACAGUGCAAAGUACUAAUGUGUUGUCCGUUCAGAGUAGUAAUGAUAACGUUGUGUCACACGCCAGUAUAGCAAGCUCAGACAACGUUUUCUACACUGUGCAUCACGGCAGUAACGAAGUGCUUGUUUCUGCUGCGCAACAAAGUGGUGACGUUAUUGAUAACUCUGAAAUGAAUCAGCAAUUUAUUGUCACCAUGAAAGAGCCAUUUGUGUCUUCGAGUGGGUGCACAACCUCAAUGGCAAGUGGAAGCUUUAUCACUUCCAGUGACAUGGCUGGAGGUGGGCAGUCAAUGGUGAUGGUCACUGCAGAUGGACAGAGCUAUUUCACAGCAGUGAAUCUGCCUGAUGCACUUAGUCGGGAUGGCAGUGGGCAGCAACUGGUUCUAACACCAGCCAAUUCCACUGCUCUUAAUAUAGAUGGGACUAUCACGAUGAGCAGUAUGCCAAUUGUUGCUGGGGAGGAUAGCAACAAUGUCUUUUCAGCACAGCUACCGGAAGGCUCAGCUGCAAACAGCAUGGAACCGGUUCAGAGUGGAAAUCAAACUGACAGUUCAGGACUUGAACUAGGGGACUUUGCUGUAACCGAUUCAACCUCUAGGGUUUAUGCAAAUUCUUCGAAUAUUGAUGAAUCAGCACUAUCUUAUACUGCUGUAACAGAAUCAGAAUCUAGUAUUGAGGUAUCUGGCUCCAACAACCUUCAACCCGACUCCGGGCAGCCUAAGUUAGGAUCUUCUGUUUCAAUGGCAGACUCCCAAGAGAACCAAGCUGACUCCAUUAUAGAAUCUUCACAGGUUUUUUUGCUUACGUCAGCUAGCAGUGGUUCCGAGGUGCCGCAAUCAUCAUUUGACAAUGAUGCCAACAUCAUCCCAGCCCCAUCAAAUAUAGGCAAUGAUUCUGUAGUGUCCGGCACAGAGAACUUUGUAUCGAGUGAUUUGCAGGAAAGUGACCGCUUAGAAAUGCAAAAAACUGGUGUGACGUCAUCAAAUUUAAUGGACAAUAAUGCGGAAUCGUCGACGUUUUCAGGCAAUGUACCUCAAGACGAUAACUGUGAAAGCGAUAUGGAUGACUCCCAGGUUUCAACAUCUUUGCAGAUAUAAGUAUCUACAGCUUUAGUCAUUGACUGGUGCAUAACUAUUGUCCGCCUGAAAAUGCAUCAAAUGUGGAGUCUUCUCACUUAAAGGGCUCGUCUACAUCUCAAAGAAACUUGUUUUCAGUUGUACAUAUUUAGCUAUGCUUUGAGGUAGUUUACAAAAGUUUGGUUUCUCAAAGCCCAUGUAACCUCAAAGAUAGAUAGUUUUUCACCUAUUGACUGCCCAUAAUCGUUUUUCUUGGGUCUGUUGUACAAUAAGUAGGCAAUUAGUGGUAAUAAAUGACCAAGAAUUGCAUCUCGGAUAAUGUGUCCUUGGGUAUACAUUAACUUACAAAUAAAGAGUUUAUGUGAAGAAAGGCACUAUUUAAAAGCUGUCAUUGUAACCUUAAUAACUUCUUGUAUUUUAGAAGCGUGGAGAUGGGACGCUUUGGUUUUUAGCUUUUUUCUAUGUUUUUAGGAUGAGGCAAAUUUAGUACCAUAUGUUUGGGAAGAACUAAUUGCUUCAAGUUAACAAUUACCCACUGGAUACCUGUUCUUACACAUGCAUGAUAUUAUCACGAAUAUGCGGUGUGCUCCAUAUCCUUAAUGACGUGUUUAAUAAUUCACUGAAGCAUAAGAGUGUAGCAAAGGUGAUGCUUUGUGUAACGAGAGACUCUCCACGUUCUCGUUACACGAAGUACUAUGCUGCCCAUUCUUCCAAUAGUCUACUAGUUCUUGGUGGCAAGUAGUUCUAUACUAUGAAACAAUUUUCAAGCCAGGCCGUGUAUUGCUGUGUUGAUACGUCGUAUUAGUUAUGGAGAACUUUGUUUCCGGAUUUAAUCAAGAUGGUACCUGUUAUUAAUGUCAACAAAAUGCUUACAAGACACGUCUCAUUUUGAGUGUUCCUAUGAUACUUGUGAAGAGAUUUACGUAACAUAUUAUUCCUACUGUUCUUCGCUCUCGUUUAUGUAUAGGCCUGACUGCUAAAGUCACCAAUUUAUCGCGAUUCCCGUUGCUCCAUCUUGACAGGAAUUUAUUCUUUGUUUAGUUUUAUGCAAAUAUACUGUUAUAAUCUUCUCGGAGUAUUGUAAAAAAGCUGUUCUCUAGCACUUAUGUACAUGUUGAAAAUGGAUCCCUGCAUAUUCUAAUAUUGCAACCUUGAAUGUCUGCAAGGACCUUUUGGAAUUUUUGUGUCCAUUGUAAUUGUCCUAAAUGCCAAGACAAUAAUGCAUUUUCAAGUUAUUCUGGAAAGCAUGGAACUUCGAAAAUGCACUUGCAAAUAUGAUGCAUUUGUGCAGCGUGGAAAAAUUUGAACCCAUGCCUCUAUUUCAGCAUUCAUCUCUGAAUAAUUACUCUCUUUCAUAUGAAUAUGAAUGAAAGGUACCCUUCUCAAGAAAAAAUGUUAUUGACAAUCUUACCCCUUGGUGCUUUUUUUAAAAUGGGGUACUGGAACCUAUUCCUCACAUUUACUAGGAUACUAGGCUCUAAGCACAGUAUCUGGCUUGCGCGAAUUGUGAUACCAGCAUGAAAAUUUGUAUACUGGGCUAAUUUCACACCGUGUUAAUUUUGGACUGGGGUACUUUGUAAUAGUGGUUUUUUGCAAAUGAAUCUUAUCAUUGAAACAAACUGGUCCUUCGAUAAGAAUUGAGACAAAGAUA